AUGGCGCUGGAGCGGGGUGUUACACCCUCCAGGGCCGAAUAUGGGGACGCGGGGGCGGCGUGCGAUGGGCGAACUGCCGACUGCAAAGUCAUCCAGCAGCUAAAUUUUGGCGAAGAUAAUGGGGAACACAGAUCUGCGCAGCUUCCAGAAUGCCCCGCGGGAAGGGCGGCGUUGCGUCAGGAUAGCCAGGGCUCUGUACAUGAGGUAGUCGACCGGAGCAACCAAGUGGAUCUUCUCGAGACAGAUGGAGGAAUGACCACGUCAGAGCCCGGUGGCUGCGAAGACCCACAGGAUCCUACGUUAUGUUUCGACAGCGAAUAUCGCAGCUACUGCUCAUCGCUGGAGGGAAGGCAGCCGCGGCGGCGAGGGCGUGCCACACUGGAUUCCCCGGAGCGUCCAGACUCUUCGGACAUUUCGCUGCUGAAGGGAACAGCAUGCGCUGACGGGAAUGACAGUGGUAAAAGGAAGCGUUUUAAGGGGGCUCAGCGCGGAAACAACGACAAAAUGCAUCCUCGAAAUCGGCAUGCCAAGUGCAGUGUCGAUUAUGGAGCCCUCGGAGAGAAGUACUCUACACUAAAGCAGUUUCUUAUUCCGAAAAAGACUAGCGGGUUUUCGCUUGAUCUAACGGAUACUUUGGCUCUCUACGAAUUGGCCAAAGCGCUCUUUAUGGAAUUCUAUGGUGUGCAGCUGAAACUUCCCUUAUCCACAGAUCGGUUCCUCGUACCGUGUAUCCCCUCCAGAGCAAAUUAUGUACACCACGUAGCGGAUCUUCUGCUCGAUGUUGAUCAAGAGGGCGCGGUGCAUUUGGCACUUCACGGGCGCGGUAGUCUUUCUUUCGAGGUAAGGCAAAGCGUACAAGAAGCUCAGCCUCUGCGCGGAAAAAACGUCAGGGUACUGGACAUUGGCGUUGGAGCAAACUGCGUGUAUCCGCUGCUGGGCUGCACUGAGUAUAGGUGGAGUUUCGUAGGGUCUGACGUCAGUGAGCGUUCUCUUGCAGUAGCUCGUGAAAAUGUGGAAAUCAAUGGCCUCAGCUCCUCCGUACACCUGCGAAGGCAAUCCGAUCCCGGAAAGUUUUUUGCUGGCGUAGUUGGAAACCGGGAGAUUUUUGCGCUCUCAAUGUGCAACCCGCCCUUUCAUGAGUCUGUAACCCAGGUUAACGUCUGUCCCUUUCGGGUGCUCGAGGCACAAAAUCAUGAGCUACUUUGCGAAGGCGGCGAACUACAGUUCAUACUGGGUAUGAUACAGGAGAGUCGGGUAUUUUCUUCCCAGUUCCUUUGGUUUACUUCUUUGGUUGCGCGGGCGACUACUGUGAAAACCCUAAAGAAGUUUCUGUGGGACGAGUUGCGCGCAUUCGCCGACAGGCCACAUCAGGUGGAACGUAUGAAUAAACGAUGGGCCGAUACCCUUAAUAGGCACAGUGAGGGGAUACGUUUAUCCGAAGACGACGGGGAACAACAGUGCGCAGCGGCAUGUGAUGAACAUCCUCAUGUCGCUGAAUUUCGUUGUAAAGAACUUUAUCAAGGAAGACAGACGAGAUGGGCACUAUGCUGGACAUUCUGGACAAAGGAUCAGAGAAAACGUGUGCGGGAGUAUAUUGAAGGGUUAGGUGAUGUCAGUGACACAAACAUUGGACGUGCAGCACUGUGA